ACAACAAAUAGCAAGAGGCUGAGCACAAAGUCCCACAGAGCUGAAGGAAACAGACGGAGAACAAUAUGCCUGAGGUUUAGUGUUUUUAUGACUGAGACGACCAUGAAGGCAGGAGCUGCACAUGUUCUUAUCUUCAUUCAGCUUUUUGAAGCCCAUGCAGAGCUGAUCUUCAGACAUUUGUCAGGGACUCAGUCCCUGCAGCUCUCCUGCUCCCCUCAGCAGGAUCACGGCCUCUUGACGGGCCUCCACCUUUACCACCGCAGCUCUAACAGUCAGACAACCCUGCUGUCCCUGUCUGAGGGCAGAGAGCUCAGGGUCGACUCGCUGCUCAAAGGUCGUCUGCAACUCUACGGAGGACUGGACUCCCUGCAGGUCAACGUCACCAUUAGUGAUUUACAGCCUGGUGACACGGGAUUGUACCUGUGGGAGGGGAGCUACAGGAAGAGGAACAGCUCUGAGCAGGUCUUCAGCAACGUUCAGAAGGUGUUCUUAUUGGUUGAGGGGACAGGACGAUCCAGUCAGUGCUCACCCAAUUACCGUCCUCUGCUCCUGACCAUCUUCACAGCAGCAGGUCUUCUUCUGCUCACACUUAGCUUGCUGGCCGUACUGAAAUGUGUAAAGACAAGGCCUCUUCACGGAUCACAACACUCUGCUCCAAUUUACGAGGAAAUGACCAGGAAACAGCAGAGCGUUGCAAACGCCCGAAAUAACCCCAACCCCCCCUCACACCUGGAGGAAGUCAACUUCCCGGUUUACGCCAACCCCAACAUCCGACAACCGCAGGAUAACUACUACGCCUGCCCCAGACAGCUCGCCCUCAGAAUCUGACGUGAAGGCUGGUAUCUACCCAAUGGUGACUCAAACAGAGUGACGCCCGCCCGACAGAGAUGACAAGAAGAUCUCAGUCAGAGAAACAAAACACCACACAAACAAAUGGCCCUUUUUUAACAGCCAAGAAAAAAGCUAUUUUAUUAAUAUUUGAAAGAAGCUCCAUAGUUCAUGAAAAGAUUUGUUUCGGUGCAUGUCAUUGAACAAUCACAUUCUAUGAGGAGAAAGAGAUAUACAGAGAGAAAAAAUAAAACAUUACAAGCCACUGACUUUUCAUUAAAUCUCAGUACAGACAUUUUUACUUAAUAUUUCAAAAACAAAAGAAAAACAAAAAAAGGCAAAAAAAAAAAAAGCAGCCCUAAACCCUUUACCCCCCACCCACUGCCCACCCUCCAAGAAAACCUUUGAUAACAGAAAAGAAAAACCCUUGAGGGUGACAGGCUAGAAUCCCACAGUGCUAAAGAGUGAGACGCUCAUUGGUUUUAGGAGUACACAGCAUGGCGAUGUAGCGCUAGGUCAAUCUGAAUCAGGGGGAGGAAGUGGGAGGUGGGGGGGUUCGACAUGAAUCACCCCUCCAUCCCCUUAGAAAUUCAAAUAAAAACACAAUAAAUCCCCAAAACCCCUGCAAUAGACCAGCCACUAUGAAGUAGGCCAUAAAAUCCCCAACUUCUAACCCCCCCCCCCCCCCAACACUUGUGCAUAGUUUCAUGAUCCUUUACAACCAGCUCAUGUUUUACAAACAUCCUCCAAAGUGUGGAAAAUGUUCCACAGAAGUCUGAUUUUUACCUCUAUUCAUAAUAAAAAUAAAAAUAAUACCCGCUGUGGGAGAAUGAGAGAGAGAGAGAGAGAGAGAGAAAGAGAGAGAGAGGAAAGAAAGAGUAAUGCACAAUGUUCCUGAUUCAGUCAGGACGGGACCUCAUUAAGAAAACACAAUAAAGAUUCAAACA